GUCCCUUGGCAAUGGACAACACGUGGUCAAUGAAAACAUGGCAAAGUUGGAGCUGAUGAUACACGACUUGGCGGGACAACUCGAGAGAGUCAACCGCCAUUCACGGAGGAGCCGCACAUCAAGAUCAACCAUGGCGGGAACGGACAGUUCGGCGUCUAGUCGCGAUGACGACGACGAACGGUCGCGGGAAACGCGCGCAACACGCACUACCCGACACCACGGCGAUCGCAGGACGCAUGGCCAUCGGCGACAUCGAGAGGAGCACGCAAGUGCGAAACCGAAGAUCACGAUGCCAACGUUCGAAGGAGUAGAUCCGGAUGCAUGGUUAAGUCGUGCCGUGCAAUUUUUCGAGAUCAAUGAGGUGCACAAAUCUGAAAGAGUGCAAAUUGCUGCCUACUACAUGGAUGGCGAGGCCAACACAUGGUGGCAAUGGGUGUCACAUGUCUAUAAAAAUAAAGGCGAGCAAAUUAGAUGGCGCGAUUUUGAGAAGGAGCUGAUUGCCAGGUUUGGAUCUAGCGAAUACUUUGAUUAUGAUGAGGCGCUAACAAGGAUCCGCCAAACUGGUAGUCUACGCGACUAUCAAAAGGAGUUUAAGAGGAUAGCAAGCCGGGUUCGGGAUUGGCCCGAGAAGGCACUAGUAGGCGCAUUUGUAGGGGGCUUAAAGGCAGAGUUGGCUGCGGAAGUACGGUUGGACAGGCCACGGUCGACAAGGGCUGCCAUGGAAGCAGCGCGACUGCACGAGGUGUUGGGUUCGCAUGUAACCCUCUGUCCUUUGCUGAUUUUGAGUUCUGUAAACUUGUUAUCUCUUUUUGGAGUCUUCACAAAAAUUAUAGUUCCAGGUGUUAUCUUUCUUUUGCAAAAAGAAUCGAGUACUUAUCAUUUUUAUAUUGAGAAUUAUGUCGAAAUUUCGAUCCUUGCGCAGUCAGUUUUUCGCUUUAAACGCAGAAAUUUGAGUCUAUCGUUUUUUCAAUUUUUGGGCUAUUUCUGGUUACCUGAGAAUUUUUAUUUCUCUGACUUUCGUCAAAUAAAAGUGGGGCGUUACAACAGAAGUAUGAUUGGUAGUCUUUUAUAUCUCACUGCCAAUAGACCUGACAUUUGCUUUAGUGUUGGAUUGUGUGCCAGGUAUCAGGCUGCCCCCAAUGAAUCACAUAUGAAAGCUGUCAAGCACAUCAUAAAGUACAUUGGAGGUACAACAGAGUAUGGUCUAUUCUACUCCACUGAUACGAACUUACAUCUUG